GCCCAUUUCAAUGACUCAAUUUAUUCGAUCAUCGUACGUCGUGGUUUGCAUUUUGUAUCCGUGCUUUUGCCUAGCUAUUAUCGGUCCGAAUUGGGGGCAUCGUCAAAUCAUAUCAUCGGUAUUAACAAGCAAGUCAUCGGCAUCAACAGUAAAAAAGAACGCCAGCAGCAAGGUAGAAACAUUGUCAGAGCCUAAGGAAGAAGAGCGCUUACAAUCAUUCCGAGACACCGCUAAUGAAUUGCUAACCUUUGUUUCUCGGAAACCUCCACGGUAUGUUCAACACGUGCUCUAUUGGGUUACUGCUACAGAUGCUAUUCUGAGCGUGAUAUUGAACAAAUAUUGUAGCUUUUCCAUGUCAAGCCCAUUGAUUGCUCCUCAGGCGGAAGCUCAGAGUGUGGUCCGCGAAGUGUAUUCGAAGCUCUUUUAUUUUGCGCGAAUGCGACCUAGAUUACUCUACUCCAUCGGCGCGUUGCUACGAGCGCUAUCGCUCUGCACUCCCUUGCGACAUCUCUUUGACCCCACAGUUGGAGUUGGGGCGGGUAUUCACUUUUUUGCAUCUUUGGCUAGUUCGAGGGUGAGUGACCGAUGCUUCACGAAUCAUUGAAAGUGUUUCUUGGCAUUGCCGUUGCGUUGUAGGGGGCAGGGUGGAUUCACUUCGUUUUCUCAUAGUGUUUUUCGACUUUUCCCUCCUCUUCUGCUCGUCGAACCCAGUGGGGUGAGUAUUGUUUACUACUUCGAAGUAGUUAAGAUUAUCAUUUUGGCUUGAGGUUAUGUCUUCUCACAUCUUGCCGAGCAUGCGUUUUUCAUUGUUAUUCCUUCAUACAGUAAAACCUUUGAUCCUCGGUUGGGCAACGACAAAAUCAUUCUGGACAUGGCUCGGCGCUCGUCCAGUAGAUCGAGCAUAUGUGCCUAUCACUUUGUCAAUUCACGAAUGGGAAGAAAAAAAACGAAAAAGAGCCAAAAUAGAAAACACGAAAUCGA